AUGCUCGCUUACCUCUCGUCAAUUUCACCCCUGAUUUUGUCUGCGACAGAUCAUGUCAGUCCUCUCCUAACCGAGCAAUUCACCGCGCACCGUACUCACAUCCUCCUACCCAGCUUCGCCAUCAUCCUCCCGCCCGUUGGCGUCUUCCUCGAGCGUGGAUUUGGUGCCGACUUUAUCAUCAACAUCAUCCUGACAGCACUAGGUUACAUCCCCGGUAUCAUCCAUGCCCUCUACAUCAUCCUCAAAUACUAG